CGGCUCCUUCCGCCUAGAGAACAUAACGACAGGGACGUACACCAUCCAUGCUCAGAAGGAGCAUCUCUACUUUGAGAUGGUCACCAUCAAAAUUGUACCCAACACUCCGCAGCUGGCAGACCUCAUUGCUACUGGUUUAUUUAUAUGAUGGAUUACAUUGAUAGAUUUGCGUAUGUUAAACCAGCCCUGCAUCUCUGGUAUGAAGCCUACUUGAUCAUAAUGGAUAAUUUUUCUAAUGUGUCUAAAGGACCCGCUUCUGCAGUGUCUCUGACUCCAGUCCUGUGGCGGUCCAGACAGAGUCCAACCUCACAGACUGCCACAGUUCCUGCAGCUUGAAAAAAGAUGGGUGGACACACACAAUGAUCAGAGAUGAACUCAGCAAGUCAGCUUGGCUUGUGUGAUGAGAAUGGUAAAUGUCUGACCCGCCACCAUGAGACAAGCGUCACUGCCACCCGUGCAGAGUGGACCUGAGGAUGUAGUCCAGGAAUGCGCGUGCAGAAGAUUUCUACCUCCUUCCCACCACCGCCUCCCUUUUCCCUCCCUUUUCCCUCCCCAUCCCCCAAUCAAGUCCCCCUCCCUUGUCAUCCCAAAGAACAAUCAGGGUUCACUGCCCUGUGCGAAGACCAAGGACCACCCACCUCCAUCCAGGUCUAGUAAGCAUCUUAUUGCAGAGCCAAUCCCCACCAGAAAAGAUGGAGGACAUGGCAGAUGAAGUAUCCUGGGUCCAUCUCACUGAUGACAGUUUACAGUCUUCCAAACAAUUAGCGUCGGAGUACUCUAUUUCAAGCCUUGUCAACACAACCUGCUCACUGACUAACAUAAUGGCAGAAGAGAACUGUGACACAAUUUUGCCAAAUAGAUUUUAUUGGACCUUAGCCAAAAACGACGCCCUUUUUCAGAAAAAUCGUAUCUACAGGUGGAAAAGCAAAUAUCAUCCACAGGUCUGCUACUCCAGGAGGCUCUCUCUUCAUCUCACCCUCCCUCGCUUUCCACUGAGGAGAAGGUGGAGUGAGCUGGCUCUGCCAACCUUCAUGACAGAACCCAAAGUAAAGAAAGGCCAGGAGGGUGCUGAUAUGAAGGCAGAAAAUGCUGCAAACAAAUCAUCUGAGGCCACUAAGAUGGAGGACAUCACUUAUACUAACACAAAUUUAGAUGUGUUAGAGAUCGUGGAAGACAUCAACGAACAAAAAGAUCUUGAAGGAGAUGUUCCUGACAUCACACAGAACAAUACCACCUGUUCCGACAUCAACCACCUGAACACAAGGGAUAUCCUUUAUGCUGUGUCCCCUCCAUCUCCUUCCCAGCAUGAAAACGACUAUGAAAUAGUCGAAGACGUUAUGAGGAGGGUGUUACCAUCAAAAUCUCCAGACGAGCAGCUCCAGAAAGCACCCAUAGCUGCCAACAAGCACACUAGAAGGGGCUGUAAGUGUGUCAAAGGGAAGAUCAAGAACUUGUUUGUAAGGCUUUCUUGCUGCCUUCCUACCCGAAGCAAAGAGUAUACAACAUCUAGCAUCUUAUUGCAGAGCCAAUCCCCACCAGAAAAGGUGGAGGACAUGGCAGAUGAAGUAUCCUGGGUCCAUCUCACUGAUGACAGUUUACAGUCUUCCAAACAAUUAGCGUCGGAGUACUCUAUUUCAAGCCUUGUCAACACAACCUGCUCACUGACUAACAUAGUGGCAGAAGAGAACUGUGACACAAUUUUGCCAAAUAGAUUUUAUUGGACCUUAGCCAAAAACGACGCCCUUUUUCAGAAAAAUCAUAUCUACAGGUGGAAAAGCAAAUAUCAUCCACAGGUCUGCUACUCCAGGAGGCUCUCUCUUCAUCUCACCCUCCCUCGCUUUCCACUGAGGAGAAGGUGGAGUGAGCUGGCUCUGCCAACCUUCAUGACAGAACCCAAAGUAAAGAAAGGCCAGGAGGGUGCUGAUAUGAAGUCAUUAGAGACACCCAAGUCAGCAGAAAAUGCUGCAAACUUAACAUCUGAGGGGACACACAAGGACGCUAAGGUGAAGGCCACCAGAAACCUUUUUCGAAGGUUUUUCUGCUGCCUCUGCAUGCCAAGGACAAAAGAGACAACAUCCAGCAUCUUAUUGCAGAGCCAAUCCCCACCAGAAAAGGUGGAGGACAUGGCAGAUGAAGUAUCCUGGGUCCAUCUCACUGAUGACAGUUUACAGUCUUCCAAACAAUUAGCGUCGGAGUACUCUAUUUCAAGCCUUGUCAACACAACCUGCUCACUGACUAACAUAGUGGCAGAAGAGAACUGUGACACAAUUUUGCCAAAUAGAUUUUAUUGGACCUUAGCCAAAAACGACGCCCUUUUUCAGAAAAAUCAUAUCUACAGGUGGAAAAGCAAAUAUCAUCCACAGGUCUGCUACUCCAGGAGGCUCUCUCUUCAUCUCACCCUCCCUCGCUUUCCACUGAGGAGAAGGUGGAGUGAGCUGGCUCUGCCAACCUUCAUGACAGAACCCAAAGUAAAGAAAGGCCAGGAGGGUGCUGAUAUGAAGUCAUUAGAGACACCCAAGUCAGCAGAAAAUGCUGCAAACUUAACAUCUGAGGGGACACACAAGGACGCUAAGGUGAAGGCCACCAGAAACCUUUUUCGAAGGUUUUUCUGCUGCCUCUGCAUGCCAAGGACAAAAGAGACAACAUCCAGCAUCUUAUUGCAGAGCCAAUCCCCACCAGAAAAGGUGGAGGACAUGGCAGAUGAAGUAUCCUGGGUCCAUCUCACUGAUGACAGUUUACAGUCUUCCAAACAAUUAGCGUCGGAGUACUCUAUUUCAAGCCUUGUCAACACAACCUGCUCACUGACUAACAUAGUGGCAGAAGAGAACUGUGACACAAUUUUGCCAAAUAGAUUUUAUUGGACCUUAGCCAAAAACGACGCCCUUUUUCAGAAAAAUCGUAUCUACAGGUGGAAAAGCAAAUAUCAUCCACAGGUCUGCUACUCCAGGAGGCUCUCUCUUCAUCUCACCCUCCCUCGCUUUCCACUGAGGAGAAGGUGGAGUGAGCUGGCUCUGCCAACCUUCAUGACAGAACCCAAAGUAAAGAAAGGCCAGGAGGGUGCUGAUAUGAAGUCAUUAGAGACACCCAAGUCAGCAGAAAAUGCUGCAAACUUAACAUCUGAGGGGACACACAAGGACGCUAAGGUGAAGGCCACCAGAAACCUUUUUCGAAGGUUUUUCUGCUGCCUCUGCAUGCCAAGGACAAAAGAGACAACAUCCAGCAUCUUAUUGCAGAGCCAAUCCCCACCAGAAAAGGUGGAGGACAUGGCAGAUGAAGUAUCCUGGGUCCAUCUCACUGAUGACAGUUUACAGUCUUCCAAACAAUUAGCGUCGGAGUACUCUAUUUCAAGCCUUGUCAACACAACCUGCUCACUGACUAACAUAGUGGCAGAAGAGAACUGUGACACAAUUUUGCCAAAUAGAUUUUAUUGGACCUUAGCCAAAAACGACGCCCUUUUUCAGAAAAAUCGUAUCUACAGGUGGAAAAGCAAAUAUCAUCCACAGGUCUGCUACUCCAGGAGGCUCUCUCUUCAUCUCACCCUCCCUCGCUUUCCACUGAGGAGAAGGUGGAGUGAGCUGGCUCUGCCAACCUUCAUGACAGAACCCAAAGUAAAGAAAGGCCAGGAGGGUGCUGAUAUGAAGUCAUUAGAGACACCCAAGUCAGCAGAAAAUGCUGCAAACUUAACAUCUGAGGGGACACACAAGGACGCUAAGGUGAAGGCCACCAGAAACCUUUUUCGAAGGUUUUUCUGCUGCCUCUGCAUGCCAAGGACAAAAGAGACAACAUCCAGCAUCUUAUUGCAGAGCCAAUCCCCACCAGAAAAGGUGGAGGACAUGGCAGAUGAAGUAUCCUGGGUCCAUCUCACUGAUGACAGUUUACAGUCUUCCAAACAAUUAGCGUCGGAGUACUCUAUUUCAAGCCUUGUCAACACAACCUGCUCACUGACUAACAUAGUGGCAGAAGAGAACUGUGACACAAUUUUGCCAAAUAGAUUUUAUUGGACCUUAGCCAAAAACGACGCCCUUUUUCAGAAAAAUCGUAUCUACAGGUGGAAAAGCAAAUAUCAUCCACAGGUCUGCUACUCCAGGAGGCUCUCUCUUCAUCUCACCCUCCCUCGCUUUCCACUGAGGAGAAGGUGGAGUGAGCUGGCUCUGCCAACCUUCAUGACAGAACCCAAAGUAAAGAAAGGCCAGGAGGGUGCUGAUAUGAAGUCAUUAGAGACACCCAAGUCAGCAGAAAAUGCUGCAAACUUAACAUCUGAGGGGACACACAAGGACGCUAAGGUGAAGGCCACCAGAAACCUUUUUCGAAGGUUUUUCUGCUGCCUCUGCAUGCCAAGGACAAAAGAGACAACAUCCAGCAUCUUAUUGCAGAGCCAAUCCCCACCAGAAAAGGUGGAGGACAUGGCAGAUGAAGUAUCCUGGGUCCAUCUCACUGAUGACAGUUUACAGUCUUCCAAACAAUUAGCGUCGGAGUACUCUAUUUCAAGCCUUGUCAACACAACCUGCUCACUGACUAACAUAGUGGCAGAAGAGAACUGUGACACAAUUUUGCCAAAUAGAUUUUAUUGGACCUUAGCCAAAAACGACGCCCUUUUUCAGAAAAAUCGUAUCUACAGGUGGAAAAGCAAAUAUCAUCCACAGGUCUGCUACUCCAGGAGGCUCUCUCUUCAUCUCACCCUCCCUCGCUUUCCACUGAGGAGAAGGUGGAGUGAGCUGGCUCUGCCAACCUUCAUGACAGAACCCAAAGUAAAGAAAGGCCAGGAGGGUGCUGAUAUGAAGUCAUUAGAGACACCCAAGUCAGCAGAAAAUGCUGCAAACUUAACAUCUGAGGGGACACACAAGGACGCUAAGGUGAAGGCCACCAGAAACCUUUUUCGAAGGUUUUUCUGCUGCCUCUGCAUGCCAAGGACAAAAGAGACAACAUCCAGAGCUGACGAUGCGGCCCUGACCCGGGAUUCCUAAACCCCGGGUCUGUGUUCGGCCUGGUUGGGGCAUAACAGUUUCUGGAGCAAGCCAGGCCAGAGCAUGAAAGGAGGUGUGCCCCAAACAUCUACCUGAUAGACAGCUCCAGCCACCAGGGCAUGAGCUCUGUACCCCUCCUCUCCUACUGGGUGCAAGGGUGAACUUCAUUUGUUCCCAGAAGAAGUAGCUGGACAUAGAAGCCUGUCACAUCAUCAUGGGCGAUGACGAGGCAUCCAUCCUGCUUCAAGUCCACAUGAGAAAAGUUAAGUGUCCCAGAUGACUCUGGGUCCCCAUCUCCUCCUCCCCUCACUUCCAUCAACAGAAUCAAUGAGCACCUGUAAAGAAGCGCUUGCACACUUUCCUCUUAGGUGGUAAGGAGGCACAGGAAGAGGAGGGGGAAGGAGGAGUGGGGAAAGUGGGACAUGUCAAAGGAUAAAAGCAGUGAGAGAGGGCAGAAGAAAGGGCUUGCAUCUGGAUGGGGAGGAGGUGAUUUAUCCAGAGGAAAUUCCAUUCUGAGAGCAGAAAAGUAAGGAAUGAAUGUGUGGGUGGUGACAGGGUCCACAACCAAGAAGGAGAGGAGCAAAAUUCCCCUGAAGAGGAGGUUAGGAGCGAAUGGUGCAUGUGUACCCCGAGAAGAUGACCCUAUCUUCCUCAUGGGUUCCAGCUUGCUCCAAGCUGCAGCAGGUGAGUGCUGCCUGAGAAAUCUGUUCUCGUCCUGAGGUGCUCAGAGAGGGUGUGGCUGCAGAGAAGAGAAGCCACAUGUUUUCAGGAGCCUCUUCUUCUUUCUGCUUGACCGAGUUCAAGCCUUCAUCUUUCAUGCCCUAAGGUGCUGUUGUCUCAGCCAAUGAUUAUUCAGACAGAUAAAUUUGAUGUCCCCAUGGGGGAUUCCUUGACUUUGAGUAAACAGCAAGAUAGGUGUUUGUACUAGAAAUAGGUAAACAGUGCUUAAAAGGACUGGGAAACAUCACUGCCCAGAAAAAGUCAACAAACUUGGAACAUCUUUGAGCCCAGGGCCAUCAUCAGGCUUUAGUUUAGAAGGAAACCUGAUUGCCAAGGAGCUGCAGAUGAUGGCCAGUGGUAUGGUGUGCAGCCUUGUUGAGGGAGCUGCCUGCAGUCUUCUCCUGCCCACCAUACAUAUAUGGAGCAUCUUCCUGGGUCACCAGGGGCAAGCCAGCUGACAAGCUUUUCAGGGGUCCAAUCUUGAGAUCAGUCAGGUGUAGUGAAUUCGUGUCCAAUGUGCAUCUCCUUGUGGUAGAUGAUGAGUUUCUGUAUCAUGGUCUUGAUGUACACCAACCAUCCCAAUUGUGUGCUCUCCUCUGCAGAGGCCAAUGGUCCUGUCCUGGUGAAUGGGAGUAUGGUUCUUUGUGACAGUUUAUCAAUUGUCCGGAAUCCACUUCAUUGGCUACAUCAUGUAGAUGAAAUCUUGACCGAGUCCUAUAUGGUGCCCUGUUCACCCCAGUCAUAAUAAUAGUCAGUGUUAGUAGAGUCAGUCAUCAUUUUAUUCUAAUAAUUCCUGCCAUUAUAUGUUACUUGAUUAUUUUUAUUAUACCCUUGAACAUUCUUUGUUUUAUUGAUUUGAUUAUAUUGUGCCAAGUAUGAUUUGUUUGAUGAUCUAGUCUAUUUGGAGUUCUGUAUGCUUCUUUUACCUUAAUAGGAAGCUCAAUCUUUAGGUUAGGGAAGUUUUCUUCUAUGAUUUUAUUGGAAAUAGUUUCUGUUUCUUUGACUUUGCUUUCUUCGCCUUCUAUUCCCCUUAAUCAUGGACUUGGCCUUUACAUAAUAUCCCAAUUUUUCUGGUGCUUUGUGGUGGAAAUUUUAUUAGAUUUAACAUUGUUAUUGACUGGGAAAACAAUUAUCUUCUAUCUUGUCUUCAAUGUCUGCGAUUUUUGCUUCUAUCUCUUACAUUCUGUCAGUAAGUCUUACCUCUAGGAUUCUUGCUCCAGUCCCUUACACUGUUUCCAGUUCUCCCUUGGUUCCACUUGUCUUUAUCGAAUCUUUUUUUUUCAUGUGUACCCUUGACCUGUCUUCUUCAUUCAAAUCCAUUGUUUGUGUUCCAAAGAUUUCAUUCAUGUCCUCCUAAGGUCCUUGACCAUUCUCAUAAUAGCUAUUUUGAAGUCCUUGUUCUGUGUGUCAGCUGUUUGCCUUGCUUGGGAACUACUGAAGUCCUACUGAUGAGCUCUAAUGGAGACACACUGUUGGGCUGUUUUGAUUCUGUCCUCAUGCUGACAUCCAGCCAUCUGGGCUUAGAAAAAUUUCACUUCCAGUAGUUGAUAUCUGGUCUUGCCUGUCUGUUGGGUAGGUUUUUCAUUCCUUAGUUUCUGUUGCCCUCACAGGAUUUCUGGAGGGGGUGUGGUGGCUGUGGGUAGCCUUUAGAGAGUGCUCUGAGUCUCUCCCAGGUGUGGCCACUGGUGGUUGCAGGUGGGCAGUGUUUCUAGUAUUGGGAGAUUGCAGGAAAGAGUAGGAUGAGCUAGAUUGGCAAGUGUCUCAUCAGAUACAUAAGGAGGGAGAAAAGUUUGGUCAGCCUUCUGGAUCUCUAAAGUCCUUAGGGAGUUGGAUUAAGAGGUGAAAUCACAUCCCUGUCCAGCACGUGGUCUUGUACAGUCUUAGGGAUGAGACUGAGUGUUUGAAAAUGGAGGACAGAAAGGAGAGGAAAUAUUGCCUAUUUGCUUCCAUGGUCAGCAUGGGCUGCAGUGACAGACUGUCUCCAGUGAAGGAGACCAAGACAAAGGAAUGGGAUGAAGAGAAGGCUGAGAGAGAGGAUUUGUUUACUCCAGGAAUGGGGACAGAAAAAGGAGAGUCCAGAACAGGUGGCCUGCUAUAAAGCUGGGAAUAAGACUGGGGAACUGGGAUUGGAGGAUGAGAAUGAGAUUGAAGUUCACCUACUUGCAAGUGUGUCUAGGGACAUAGUGUCUCUGGUGUUGCUGGCUGAGAUAAAGUGGUGGGAAUUGGAUGCAGUGGUGUAGGAGAAGAAUGAUGGAUUUGAAAUUUGUACAUCGACUAGCGAAACAUACAGACACUGGAAGUGAGUGCAGGAAUCUCAUAAAUGAGUGUCUGAUCGUGUAUGGGGCAGACUAUUGUAUAGGCGAAAAGUUGAGACUGUAGUGCAGUAAAUUCAUUUGAUAGUUACUGGAAUAUGUUCCCCGAAUAAUGAAUUCUUUGAGGAACCCCAAAUAUAUAUAUCUUUGUGGUAAAUCACAUACCAAUGAAAUAAUCUGAUGGCAUUCUCUGUGGGAAAGUUAACAAUGUGUUAUUUCCUUUUAUUUUUGUAAGAGUGUUAAAGAUGUCUUCUGGAUGUGGCAAUCUUUUCAGAAGAUCAAAGGAUAUGAUCUAGUAGAAUCCAGCUGGAUUCUGAGGCCUGUGUUCUGUGGUGACUAAUGAUCCUGUUAGAGCUCACCCUGUGCUCACUGAGGAGACUCAGCAGUGCUGUCCUUCUGUCCUGUCAGAGCCCAGGGUGAAAGGAGUCAGCCAGAGCUGGUGAUUACUGCUAUGACUCCCCAAAACUGAAAUCCUACCUAGCUACUCCUCAGGCUCCCAUGGAAGCUGAGCUUUAGCAGCAGGGCUCACAAGGGUCUUGGCAGCCUCAGUGGAAACAUUCCCAAAGGAAGAGCCACUUCUCUGCAGGGGCGGGAAAGGAGGCCUAGGACAACCUGGACUCCCUGAGGAGAACUUUGGUCUUGAACUGCUUCUUUCACUGCAGGGCAGGGACAGGCAUAAGAGCUCUGCUGUCACCCUGGCUGUAUCUGCAUCUGAAGCACAGAUCACUACUACACUUUACCACAGCAUCUCAUCUACCAUCUGUUCGUCUCUAUUACUGCAAGGAUCCUUUCCCAGUCCAUCCUGCCCUCUGCUUCUUGGCCAACAUUGCCUGCACCUUGAUCAUGGAAAUCAGUUCCAUUGUCUCUAGGGUACAAUGAGGUAAAAAAGUCAAAUAUCUGUUCCUCAUAUCUCCUUGGAUACCCCUAUGAGUCAAUAAUAACCAGUCCUGUAAGAAAUAUUAAAUGAUCAUUUUUCUUGUCAAAUACUAUAAAACAAAUGCUGUUUUUCCUUCAACCCUGAACACUCCUGAGCCUUUUAGACUUUCUUCCUCCAUUCCCAAUGUCCCAUUCUAAAUGCCCACUUCUCUUCAAGUGUUAGACAUGUUCUUCCAGACAGAUGGAACCAAUUUCCUUUCCUUUUUUAAAAAAGAAAACAGAAUAUCUAUACAUCCAGUGACCUCCUCUUCUCUUUGCCUUCUUCACUGUUCAUAAUUCCUUUCCAGACUAGCUCUAACUGUGCAUACACUGUGAAGUUGGACCUCAGCUCAUCCAAACAACUACUUUCCUUCCUUUGGUCAUGGAUAAUAGUGUUAACAGGGAUAAAAAGUACAGCUUACUCUCCAGGUAUGCUUGCUCUGCCACUUCUGUGAGCAUCUAUUCUCCUCAUUAGAAGUUGCAUCAGUAAGAUGCUUUAGUGGGAGUGGUGGUCUCUUUCUUUGUAUUCUCAAGACCACUUUUAACAGACUCCAGCUCUUUCUGUGAAUCUAACUAUGCAUCAGGUAAUAUAGGCACCACACACACCUUUGGGUUGUGGCCCGGUGGUGGGCCUGGAUAUUACAUUCAAGUCUGGCACAGGUGAGUUUCUCAAGAUGACAGAGACAAGAGAAACAGUGCAGGAUACUCAAACUCCUGGGCCUCGAUCCAUCUCCACAUCUGCAACAGUAUUUGUCUACACUGCUGCCUUUGUACACAGCUUCUGCUUACAGUAUCUUCUAUUCGUUCACAUUCAAUGAUUCUAAGUGAUCAUAAAAUGCCAAUAAAACAGACAUCAAGGUUAUGAUUGGUUUACUAAUCCAAGUACUUUCCAUUGAACCUAGUGUUUAAAGGGAAUCCCAUGGAGUUGGCAUUUUUCUCUUAAAUAUAGAAAUAUCAGCCUGUGCUUGGUACAUUUUACUAAUGGAAAAUGAUUCUGGAAAGCUCUAUGCCUGAAUACACUCCUGUUUCCACAUUAUCAUGUGUCAUGUGGUUAAUAUAUCACUAACCCCUAAGUGGGUCCUUGAACCUGCUUUCUUUCCUAAGUCACGGUCUACGACGCAUCUUGUACCCUGCACCAUCUCCUCUUUUUGCAACGCCUGCUUACUGCAUCACUGCUGCACCUUCAAGAUCUGUCCCAUUUCAGCCUUUCCCUGGUUCUCAGCUGUUGGACUGUAUCAGCCUCUGGCAAAUGCAUUCUUCAAGGCCCCUUCUGUGCAAGUUCAGCCCAUUACAUCUAUCAAAGUAGGGUGUCUAAUGUCAGAAGAAACAACAGGCAGCAUUUUGGUUAAAUAUCUCUUGAACAUAUUAACACAUUUGCCUGAAAGCCAUACAUGACAUCUUGACAUAUUGCCUGGUUCUGCACUCUGCCUGCUACCUGCAGACCCUAUGUUGGUAUUUGAUCUGCAUUCUAGGCCAUGAUGUGUCAUCUCCUGUGACAUUUAUCAAGGCCUACUUCACUGUAUGAACCCCUUUUCACCCACAGCAUUUUGAACAAGUGCCUCCUCCUCUAAAAUAGACAGAUCUAAUCAUCCUUGAUCCAUUAAAGGCAACAGAAUUGUUCAUAUUAUCAGACUCAUUUGUCUCUGUUCAGGGUUUGUCAUCCUCAGUUCCUGGGUGGGUCCCAAGCUCUCCUGUGUUGAUUGCCCAUGUGCUGUCCCUGUCCACAUUCAUCAGGAAAUGCAUCAGCGAUGGCUUUGCUAGGACACAUCGCCAUGCUCCCUGUAGUUUUCCUUUCAUAAGUCUGAAACCCACAGCAGCACUGAUACAGUGAACACCUGUGGAAGAGAUGGCUGCUCUGCGACUUACAGGAGUGUGCUGAGUCUCUCUCUGGAGUUUCUGCAGGACAGGUGCCCACAUGCGAUAACCCCAACAGACAGCGGGCCAUGACUGACUGAGUCCUCCAAUUUGUGAGGAAUCAGCAAUCGCUCUCCUGUGGAUCUCAAAGAGGUCUUUGCACACAGGCCUGGGUGUUUUACCAUCUACUUUAUAUUCCAUGGAGAAAGUAAUUCACUUCACCUGGCUUGCUCUUUCAGGAACCCACACUGAACUAGGAGGAGUUAGUGAGAACUCAUUUGCUUGACUAGCACAUCUUCCUCUAUGGGGUCCAGAUAAUGAGAUAAUGAGACAGCCCAGACAGAAGACCCUGUCUGAGAAGAAGGUGUGCUGAGCCUGCCAUUGCUUGGACUCCCCUCAUCUUCAUUUUUCCAUCUCAAUGUACAGGUUCCUUUUCUCAGACUACAUUGACAGAAACACCCUCCUCCUCUGUGCCUCUUGGAUCAACAGCCAGACUCACCUGCGCCCUGAGGAGUGUAAACGGCAUUGGCAAUAACAUUUACUUGUCCAGCAGAUGGAGGGGAGACCUCCCAGAGUUUUCCUGUUCUACUGCAAAGACUCAAACAAGUCACUGAGGCUUAGAAUCUCCAUUACAUUCUCUGGAUCCAGAGAAGCCUCAAAAAAUGUAAAUUUGCACAUCUCUGAACUAUAGAUGAAGGGUGAGGCUCAGCACUGCUGUAUUAUCUAGGAAAAUAGUGUUUCCCACAGUGAUACAGGCAGAUGGGGAAGUAGCCAUCAAUAGUAGCUUCUGCCAAAAAACAAAUCAGUUCUGGUAGAGUGCAUGUAGCAGCCACAGGGAAGGGAGCAAGGAGGCUCCACCAACAUCGCCUGCCACAGCACCAGUUCUGAACAGUGCAGAGGCUCAUGGUAUUGAUUUUGGUCACCCAGAAAGAUGCCCCCACCACAUGGAGGCAAACUGUGUGCAAGCAUCGAGAAGGGCGACUACCACAAGGCACACAAGAUGUACCUGAUGCUCUUCUUCAGAUACAUGUCUAAAACAAGCAUUCAGAAUCCUGAGAUCUCAGGUACUCAGGAGUAUUUCUCUUCUUCGGUCAUGGCCAGCAGAGCAGUCCAGGCUGACAUGACCAUGCCGGUCCUCGAAUCCCUGGAGAAGGUAAUAGUGUAUAUAGCUGAUGAACUGUUAGAGAAUUGUAGAGCCAGCUACAGUGUUCAGUUUGAUGGAUCUAAAUUCUCAAGAGCAAGUAGUGUUGGUGGCCAGAGCUGAAGUGGUCCAGUGGAGGAUCUGGGAAACUGAGUCAUCCCAGCUUCCACCAGCCCCUCACGCUGUGGGGUCUGCAAUACUACUGUAAGUCUCAGUAUUACUUCCUGCCCUCCACUGAGGGCAAGGGCUGUACCAACAUGACAGACAGGUACUCUACUGCACAAGGCUUCUGAAGUGGGUGGGUGAGUUCAUGGCCCAGGCUGUGUACAACUGUUUCUCUGUUUGAAAAACAAGAAAGGUGCCCACGGGAUCUUUACAAGGUGCGCACAGAAGGUCCCGUCCAUCGAGGGGACUUUCUUUCAAUCCCUGCUCAACUUCAUCAGGUUUCUGCUGCUGGCUGUGGACAAGAUGACUGUGUUCACAGUGAGCACAGCCUGAUUACCUACAUGGGGACACCAUGUACAAAGUGUACCUGGACAGGGGAGCUGCCAAAGCAGACCUCCACCAGAGAGGGCAACCUGGGAACAAGCUGAGCAGCCUCGUGUACUCCUCAGAGCAGGAUGGGGAUGAGUACGAGGAUGACAGAAGCCUCAUCAGCCUGCCUGGAAGCUGCCUGGCCAGCAUGGAGACGUGCAUGACCAGCACCACUGGGACGGAUUCAGUGCCAGUCUGGACAUGAGGCCCCUUACACAGUGGGUUCCUGUUCCGGGGCUGGAGGGGCCACCUGUGCAGAGUCUGCCCCUAUUUAUGUAUGGAGGUCAAUGGCUGUGUGGUCAGGACCAAGAACAAAGCCCAGCUUCUGCUGCCCACCCAUGUUCCUCAUAUCUCCCACAAUAAAGCACAAGUCCUGCUGCAGCA